AUGCUAAAUUUAAACAUUUUUACUUAAGACUUCAAAUAAUAUUAAAAAAGUGUGAAACAAAUCAUUAAAGAGGCAGUUGAUAAUAAUUCUACUAAAUNCUCAGGUAGUUUCGAUAAGACAAUUAAAUUUUGGGUUAAAUAGAUUGAAUGGAUAAGCUAAUAAACAAUUACUGAUCAUGAAAAAGAUGUAUAUGCAUUAAGUUUAAAUGAAAAAUAAAAUAGAUUGAUUUCUUGUAGUGAUGAUGAUUAUAUAUUUAUAAUAGAAUUUUAUGAGUAAGAUAAACUGUGGAUUGUAAAAUAAAGAAUAAAGUAAAUAAAUUUUGGUAUUAGAUUAUGCUUCAUUAAUGAUAAUUUAUUCUCUUGUCAAUUAUAUUAAAAAGAUUAAUUGUAUAUUUACGAAUUAAAUAAUUCUAAUGGAUAGUAUAUAAAAACUAAAGAGUUUCAAGUAAGAUAUAGUUAAAAAGAUGGCUAUUGUUUAUUUCCUUAACAAUAUAUCAAAUAGAAAUGCUUACUUAUUAAUAAAAAUGGUUAAUACAUCAAUUUAAUGAAGAAGAAUUAAAAUGACGAAUUUGAAAUGGGGCAGAUUAUUGAAUAUUAAACUAGCCGUAUAUAUGGAAGUAUGAGUGAUGAUGGAGAGUAUUUGAUCACAUGGGAUGAAUAUUCAAAAGAAAUUUAAAUCAGGAAAUAUCAAGAAAAAUGA